UUUUAUGGAUGGAUUAUAAAUAAUUUGUCAAUCGUUCUAUUUCUUGAAACUUUCUCUUUUUUAUUAUAUUUUGUAAAUAUUCGAACAAUUUUUCGAUAGUUAAUGUCUAAUAAGGUGGAUGUGGUUUUAUUAUUUUUAUUUUAUUUUAUUGUUAUUAUUAUAACUUAAAUGUGUGAAAGUUUGGAAGUUGCUUCAAAAUAAAUGCUUUCUCACCAUAAUUUGUGGUUGUAGACAUCAAACUUUACAAUAAUUUCUUUUGGUCAAAUAAUAAAUGCAAGUUUGGAAGAUAAUUUAAAAAUAAAAAUUAAAAAUUAAAAAUAUUUAUUUCCCUUAAUAAUCACUAAAAUCUGUGAUUCAACAUCAUAAGACUUCAUCAUAAAACUAAUUAUUAAUAAUGCUCAAUAUGAGAUCUCUACGCUUCAAUAUAGUUGAAUUCCAUUUCAUUGAUUCGUAAGGUAAAGACUAUCCUUAUUCAUUCGUCCAUAUUAAUUUUCUCCAUAAAAAAAAUUUAAAUUAAAUUCAAACCUAAAAAGAAAUGAUAAAUACAUAAGAAAAACAAUUAUUUUAUUUUCCAAAAACAUCAAUAGUAAUAAAUUGAUAAAAAUUCCAUCUUUGAUUUGUAUAACUUUUUUAAAAAUAGAGAAAUUAUUUCAUUUCCAUAUUCCAAGAUUUAUAAAAUGCAUAUUUUAGGUUUGUAUAAAAUAAAUUGUAUUUUUCUCCUUUAUAUUAUCAUUCUUUAUCUAAUUUGUUUUUUUAUGUAUUUAUUAAUUUUAAUUAUGUCACGUUAAUCAAACUUUAAACACGGAAGCAACACGUGGAAGCUUAAAAAUCGCGUUGUCCAUUCAAGAAUGUACACGCGAUUUUCUCGAUGCUCUCUCUAUAUAAAUACACAACCGAUUCUCUCCUCUUCUUCAACCUUCGAUCCAUAUAUUUCCAUUUGGCAAUUCCCCAAAUUUUCUUUGCUUUGAAUCUCUUCACCUUCUUCCUAUUCUCUGCAAUCUCUCUUAGCGCGCGAAUGGCGAAUUUGGUUGACAAGGCAAUGGACUACGUCUCAGAGAAGGUGGCCAACAUGCCGAAGCCAGAGGCCUCCGUCACAAACGUCGAUUUGAAGGGUAUAAGCUUUGGUUCCGUCGAGUAUUUGGCCAAUGUCUCUGUCUCCAAUCCUUACAGUCACUCCAUUCCAAUCUGCGAGAUUUCUUACAGUCUCAAAAGCGACGGCAGAGUUAUUGCGACGGGGAAAGUUCCAGAUCCAGGAUCUCUGAAAGCGAGUGAUUCGACGAUGUUAGAUGUGGGAGUGAACGUGCCGCAUUCCGUACUAAUAAGCUUAGCGAGGGACAUAGGGAGAGAUUGGGACAUUGAUUACGAGUUGCAGAUCGGACUCGUCAUCGAUCUUCCGGUGAUUGGAAACUUCACGAUUCCUCUCUCUACAAAAGGCGAGAUUAAGCUCCCUACCAUGUCUGACGUUUUCGCUUAGCUAAAUUUCUCAUAUAUAUAUAUAUAUAUAUAAUCUGAGGUUAAAAUUUCUAAAUCACGUCGACCUAAGUGAUCAAUAAUAAGGUUUCUUGUUUAGCGAGAUCAACUAAGUUUCUUGUAAUUUUUCUUUUCUGUUACAAAAUCAUGUAUACAGUGUAUACGCUAUUACACAACUUAUCUUGAUCAAUUCAGUUUCGAUCUUUUUCAUGUAUCAUUAUUAUAUCAUAUGAAUCAUCGUUGGCUUCCUCUCA